UCGAAGUCCGAAUCCCCAAAAAUCAAAAUCUAUUUUGGUCGCUGGCGUCGCGGCGCUCGGCUCCUCACUCCAAUCCGCUUCUCUCUCUCCCUCUUCUUCUCGCUCAGCUCCUGAGCCUUGCUCUUGGUGGCGGCCUCACCCCCGCCCCUCUCUCUUCCCUCCCUCUUUUUGUUUUUCUCCUCCUCCUCCUUCUUUGGUCCUUCCUUCCCGCUCUCUUCCCCUAAACUCACGGACUCGUAGCUCCAACUUCCUGCUUCCCUGAUUCUACCUUGGCCCUCCUCUCUCUCUCCCUCCCUCCCUCCCUCCCUCUCUCUCUCUCUCCCUUUCUGUCUGUGUGCGCGCGUGUGAGCGGAAGAUGAAGUAAUCUUAGUCAGGAGCUUCAGAUCACAAUUGACGGUUAUCGACUAGAGGGCACGAUCGGGAUGACAGCAGCCUCUGGCGGGGCUCACCCUAUUGGGGUUUUUAGCCACUGCGGUAGAACUAAACCCUUGAGAUUUUUUCCCUCCUCGUCUCUUGGCAACUGAGGGUAUUGGUAUUUGUGGAUGAGAUAUUGGAGGUGCAGAAGCUGCUGUUUAUCAUGCUUGCACAUAAAAAGGUUCAAGUCCUUUGUCUAAAAUUUUGGAUGUAAACUCCGGGCAUUACUAAGUGAAAGAUGAAUAAUGCAUUUAAAAAGCUGGACAGCAAACCAUCCAUGGACAUGGCACUUAUUCCAACUGCUCAGGCAAUUGAUAUUGGAUUGGGUGCUUCUGAUAAAGGAAAUACUGUUCCCAGUGUCAAGCCAAAGAAGAAAUCAAUGACAUCCUUUUUCCUAAGGUUUUUUGAAACGGCUGCAGAUGGGAAAAGUCGUCGAUGCAAGUUCUGCAAACAAAGCUAUUCAAUUGCUACUGCUACUGGUAAUCUGGGAAGGCACCUUAAUAAUCGACAUCCUGGAUAUGACCAGCAAGGUGACUCUGUUGGCCCAGCCAUUCUGGCUCCUUCAUCAUCCAAGAAGGCCCAGCUUCCUACCAAACAACCAUCCCUAGAUCUUGACCAUCUUAAUUGGUUGCUACUUAAGUGGCUUAUUGGUGGCUCGCUUUCCCCAUCAGCCUUUGAGGAUGCAGGUCUUAUAGAUGCCUUCAAAUUCCUCAGUUCAUCGGUGAAGUUUUGGUCAAAAGCAAAGGCACAAUCUGUAAUUGUUGAUGCCUUCAAGAGCAUGAGAGAGGAUGUGAGAAUGUUCUUACGGCAGGUGAGCAGUAAGAUAUCUAUUACCCUUGAUUUCUGGGCUUCUUAUGAGAAAGUACCCUAUAUGAGUGUCACGGGGAGUUGGAUUGAUGAAAACUGGUGCGCCCAGAAGGUUCUUCUUGAUGUUGUUCACAUACCAUAUCCGCAUGGAGGACUGGAGAUUUACCACUCACUGUUUAAGAUACUGGAGAUGUUUGAUAUCAAUAGUAGGAUCCUUGCAUGCACGUAUGAUAACAAUCAGAAUGCAAUUAUUGCUUGCCGCAUGCUGAAAGACUACUUAGAUGAUCUGAAGAUGCCAUUUACCCACAUCCCCUGUGGAGCUCAUACACUUAACCUAAUUAUCGAGGAUGGGCUGCGAUCUGUUAAAGCUACCAUUUCAAAGGUUCGGGAAUGUGUUAUUGAGAUGAAUGCUUCACCUGAAAUUGCUCAAGAUUUCUGUGAGUUGGCAUCAUCUUGUCAAGAAGGUUCAUGGAAAUUUCCUCUUGAUGCCUCUGUGCGUUGGACUGGUCACUACAUGAUGCUUGAUGUCGCAGCCAAGGCACAUACUGCAAUGGAUGCUGUUAUCAUGAAGAAUGAAAAAAUACUUGGAAGGAACCAGAUGACUUCUGCAGAGAAGAUGGCAGUUGACCGCACACAGAGAUAUCUGGAACCAUUUUAUAAAACUACAAACAAUCUCUGUGCCAGCAAAUUUCCAACAAUUGGUCUAGUUCUCUUUUUCAUGGACAAUGUCGUGGAAAUGAUAAGCACUUGCAGAGAUUCUCGUUAUGAUCAAGAGUGGCUGAAAGCUGCUGCAGUAGAUAUGGGUAACAAAGCACUGAAGUAUAGCAGCCAGGUUUAUAAUUUGUACACAUACAUUUCUGCAAUUCUUGAUCCCAGAAUCAAAGGGGAGCUUGUACCUAUGGAUUUAAACAGCGAGAGAAAUCUGGAGGCUGCCAGAAACCUCUUUGUGAUGAAUUAUUCAUCUGGGCAUUUCACAACAAUAUCAAAUGGUUAUGGCAGUCAGGAAAACGAGGAAGCUGGCAACUCUGUUGUUUCUUUUGCAGAGGAGAUAGCACGCAAAAGACGGAGGGUGAGCAUGAGCAGUGCAACUGAUGAGCUGACUCAAUAUUUAUCUGAGCCUCCAGUACCCAUGCCAACUGAUAUUCUGGACUGGUGGAAGGUGAACAGCACACGGUAUCCUCGUCUUGCUGUUAUGGCUCGUGAUUAUUUGGCAAUUCAGCCAACAUCUGUGCCACCCGAGAAUCUGUUUUCUACAGUGGGUGACACUGAAGAUAAGCAACGACUAUGCCUGUCACACGACAAUGCACAAGUGAUCUUGUGUGUUCGGUCGUGGAUGAAGAGUGGGUUCAAGAUUCGGGCUGGUCAGUUGGAUUAGGAGAAACUGGGUCGGGAUCAUCUCUUGAGUAUGUGCUUCAUGGGAAGUUAAGUUGUGGUGCCAGCAUCUGUAGAAUUGUUGUAUCAUUUAACAUUGUCCUAAAGGGCCAGUGUUUGUUCCCUAUGUAGCUAUUUAAAAGAACAAGAGUAUAUUCUUAGGCCACGCUUCAUGAUGUGCAGUCACCUAAUGAUGACAAAGCACCUUCUAACA